AUGAACGAUCGUUCAAGCUGGCUGGCGCAAGCCUCAUGGCACGAUUCCUCUAAUUACUCCAACGACGACCACGACGACCUCAAGACUACCCUCGACAUCGAUAAAGACGACACCGACACCACCAACGACAACGACGACGACCACACCACCAACGAUGGUCCCAAGCACUCCAAGCUCGAAACUGGCCCGACCAGGCAUCUUCACACCAAAGCGACCGCCUUCAGUCUCGUCUCUGUCCUCGAUCUCGUCGCUCGAGUCCAUCAGCCGUACAAAGCGCCCUUAUCGACCGAAGCCCGCACCAAGAACUCGCUCAAGCCCAAAUCCGUGUUGUCCCCUGUGCCAGGGAGCCCGACGAAGAGAGAUGGGGCACGGAGUCGGCCUGUGACGCCGUCGUCGCCUAGGAAGGGCUCUGAGAGCCCGUUCUUGAUGCCAGCCACAAGCGAGAUGGAUGUUAGCGUUGUCGAUCCUGAAUCUGUGUUGGUUGAUUACCAGACUGUUGAGGCUGGCGACGUUUCUGCUGAGAUUGACGAGGCGUGGUUGCGGGCUCAGCAACUGGAUCAUGGGAAAGAGGAUAAAGUUAUGGUUUCUGUCAGAAUACGACCUAGUGACUCACAGUCGGCUUGGGUCCCCAAUCCAGUAGAGAAGAGCAUCAAACUCGACCCCAACUACGCGAAACACGCAGGAUCCGGUGCCUCUACAUCGACAUUCAACUUUGACGCCGUCCUCACCGGGACACCCAACAAACCCAUCUACACCACAGUGGCCAGGUCACACGUCCACGCUGCCAUGGACGGCUACAACGCCGUCAUCUUUGCCUACGGCCAAACCGCGUCUGGAAAGACGUUUACGCUCAGUGGUAAUGAAGAGGAACCUGGUAUCAUCCCUCGUGCGAUGAGGGACGUGUUUGGGUUUAUCAAGAGGACACCGACGCGCGAGUACCUCCUUCGCUGCUCCUACCUCGAAAUCUACAACGAGAAUAUCCACGAUUUGCUUGCUCCGCCAUCCAUGGCUGCCGCGAACCCGGUUCAGAUCCAGGGAGGUGUCGGCGGGGAUAUCGUCCUCACACCGCUUCGUGAAGAGGUGGUGACCAGCCUCAAGGGUGUCCGGGAGGUGCUCAAGCGCGGGGAGGGCAAUCGAAGGACGGCGUGCACCGACUGGAACGACCGGAGUAGCCGGAGUCAUUCCGUUUUCCGACUGGUCAUCGAGAGUCGAGAGCGAGGGAGUGGGGAUGAUGACGACGAUGUGUCGUUUAAUGGGCGUACUACCCCGGCUCCCAAUGGGCGCCAGACACCCGGUUUGAAUGGACGACAGACGCCUGGUCUGAAUGGGAGGCAGACUCCUGGCCCUGGGGGUGCGCGAUUACAAGCUCGUGGUGGACGGAGUGUCCAGACUUCGGUCUUGAGUUUAAUCGAUCUGGCUGGUUCAGAGAAGGCAACUUCGGACAAGGAGCGGACGCGGGAGGGGAAGUAUAUCAACACCAGUCUGCUCACCCUCGGUACUGUCAUCGGUACUCUAGCCGACAACGCCGCAAAGCGGAAAUCGGACCACGUCCCCUUCCGCAACUCCAAGCUCACCCGCAUGCUCCAACCCUCUCUAUCCGGAAACGCACGUAUCAGCGUCAUUUGUACCGUCAACCCCGACACGUCUGCGAUUACUGAGACUAUGAGCACGUUGUUGUUUGCGAAGAGGAUCAAGAAUGUCAAGCUUAACGCCCAGAAGAAAGAACUCAUCGAUACUGAUGCCCUUAUCGAGCGGUACCGGAAGGAGAUUGAGGAUCUCAAGAAACGGUUGGCGGAGAGGGAAGCUGAAGCGCCUGUUAGGAAUCGGCGGUUGUCUGCGAGGGAGCAAAUCGACGAAUCAAAAGCGAUGAAAGAUCUUAAUGGGCGUAUUCAGCAGUUGACGAAGCUGAUUCUUACGAGUCAGUCGGUUGAGGAUAUGAAGGAGGGUGAAUCGAGGCCUGGGAGUCCGCAGAAGAUUGAUUUUGAUAUGUCGCCUUAUCAGCUGCAACAAGAACUCCUCACCGCACGCACCCAACUCGAAUCGCAAGCGAACCAAAUCCUCUCCCUCGAAGCUCAACUAACCGCGCGUCCGCCUCUCCCCCUCGACGCGCCUGAAGAGUCAAAAGACAAGUUGAUAGCAGAGCAAGCCAAGACGAUACGUGAGUUGGAGAUCGUUGUGAGGGGUUAUGAGGAUAAUUUGGGUGAGCCGUUGAGGAAGGUUAGGGAGGAUGUUGAGAGGGAGUUUGAGGAGAGGCUUGGGGAGUUGGAGAGGAAGGUUGAGGAGGGGAAGAGGUGGGCUGAUGAGUUGGUUAAGGAGGUUGAGAAGGAGAAGAGGUUACGAACCAAGUUGGAAGUAGAGCGUCAAGCUCUUGCAGCCUUCGUGUCCAAGUUUGAUUCUUUGGGAUUGGGUCUGGGGAUUAGCGCUCCUCCUCCCUCGUCGAAACUCAACCCACCGAAGUUGGCGGAGGGAGGAGCGAUGCAAGUGUUUGCGGAGAGGCAGCAGGCGAAGCAGAACCAGAGCGCCCAAGUUACCUCGAGUUCGAUGAUCCCAUCGACACCCAAGAUUGGUACCUCGAUGAUCCCGUCUACGCCCAGGAUUGCGCCGAUUGGGUCUACAUCGUUCGCUUCGCAUAUUUUGUCGAAUCGGAAGACGGGGUCGUUGAGCGCCGGUGUCACACCGAGCACGCCCGCACCUGCCUCUAACAACGCAAACGGGACGAGUGGGACUUCGACCGAUACCUCGGAUGGCACGACCACGACUUCGACGGAAUUCACGCUGGAAGAUUUGGGCGGUUCGCCUAUCAAGUUUCCCGACACCUUCUCCCAAUCGUCGACUCUUGUUCAUGAACCUAGUUUGAUGGAGCAAGUCCUACCGGAGGACCUUGGAGGUGAAGUGACGGAUAUGAGUUUUGAUGAACUCGAGGUUGAGCAUCAGCUUUUGGCGAGGAGUGUUAGAGCGGGAGGGGUAGGGGAUAAAGAGAAUGCUGCGCCUGCUGCGUUUUAUUUGUGUAUGUAA